CCUCCCCCCGCCGUCGUCAUCAUCGUUGAAUCGUCUUUUACUCCAUCUCUGUCAUGCGUUCCGACAUGUUCCCGCGCCGUUUUAUCAUGCGCGCGCGUUGGGUCGCAUUGGCUUUUAUCACUCUCUGGCUCUACUGGUACUAUUACAUCUAUCCAGACUGGCUAAUCAAAUGGGAAUCCAUUGAGCGCCAGCGUCCAAAUCUCUACAACGCCCUCCUCCCCGCCUACCUCGCCCACCACUACGCCGACAAGACAAGGCCAGAACGCGACAACUAUGAGGCCCUUCCCAGCCUCCUCAACGCCCCGUGGCCCGGCAGCUGGCCGGUCCCCAAACUCACUGCGCCCAAGUACGAGAAUGGCACGCUUGUGUCCCCCGCCCUCCUCAUGCUGCAUGUCAUGAGCACACCGAGCGUCGCGGGCGCGGAACGGCGCGCGUUCCUCCGUUCAGUUACUCCCCUCAAGACCGUCCCGCCAGAGUACAGGCACCUCGUCGAAGUGCGCUUCGUCCUCGGAUACCCUCCCGACGGGGACAAGUGGGUGCACCGCAAGGAGCUCGAUGCGGAACAGGCGGCACACGGCGACCUGUUCUUCCUGCAUGGCCUCGCGAAGGGGGGCGAGAACAUGAACAACGGCAAGACUAUUGCGUGGAUGGAGACUCUCGCCGCGUACCCUCGCCCUACUCAGUACAUCAUCAAAUGCGAUGAGGACACGCUCCCGCUCCUCCCCAACAUCCUCGAUUGGCUAGUCACUCUUGACCCCGCACAGCCCACCUAUUUUGGCACGACACUAACGCGGUGGUGGGGCUACAUGCACUACUUCGAGGGCAUGAUGUACGGCUUCAGCUCGAAUGUGAUCAAGACGGUCGGCGCGGCCGAAAUUCCAAAAGACUGGGCCACGCAAGACUGGGACGAAGACGCGCGCACCGGCGAACUCAUGUUCUCCCUUCCAACCAAACCCGGCGUGGACCCCAUGUCCAUCCCCAAUGAUCAUUCCGGCUCUUUCAUCAACAUGGCCCGCAACCCGCCCGUCAUGGAGGACAUGAACACGCUGCGCCUCCCACGCAACCCCGACCCGCGCUCGGGGCUGCACCGCAUCGAUCUCAAGUGGCGGAUCGCCGACUGGGGACGGUGGUGGGUUUCGGACCCCCACUCGGCCCUCGCAUACCACCGCCUAAAGCAUGAGAGGGACUACAAGGAGGCGUGGGAAAAGGUGCAGCGCGCCUGGCGGUGGCGUGCGUUCGUGUGGCGCCCGCCGUUCAGAAUGCGCUCGCUCCGCGAUCCUAACCCGCCCAAGCAUUAGACAGCCUCGCAUUGACACCACAUUGUCCCUGAUAACUGAGAAGCCCGUAAAUGUCUGUAGCAUAGUCACAGAGUAUGGAUAGUACGUUUGUACUUAUCACAGUG